AUGAGCUUCCAGUUCAUGAACCAGGAGAACUUUGAGUUCUUAAGCGCCACAAAUCUGGAAACUGCUGGUACUAGUGUUGGUGAUGCUGUGGGAACUGUUAUCACAAAUAAUCAAUUAAACGAUACACUCGAGAGUUUCAACUAUUUCUGUCAUGGUAAAGAAGGUUGGGGUCCUCUUUCUGAAUAUGCUGACUUCACUCUAUGUUUCAUCAACGGUGGUCUUUUCACAAUUUCUAAUCUAAUCUUCAUCUUGGUUGGUUCUUUGCAAAUCUAUCAAUUACAUUAUCAAAAAUCAUCUGUAAGGUUUAGAACUAACUCAUGGAUCUUCCACUCAAGAUUAUUACUUGUUUUGCUUCAAAUUGGUAUCACCAUUGGUACUGCUUUAUACGUUGGUGCUACAAGAUAUGAUGAUGUUAAUUUUAUUCAACCAGUUUUACAAGCUGUCGCAUUGAUUGUCGAUUUCCAUUUACAUUAUUUAGAUUAUAUCCAUUCCCAAAUUACAAAUAGUCCAUUGUUAUUAUUUUGGUUAGUUAACGUCAUCUUGAAUACUUUGAGAGUGAUUAAUUUAUCCGUUAGAGAAAAAUUUGAUCAUUAUUACAUCUUGGUAUUAUUUUCAGCUAUAAAUUCAUUAUUCAUUCUUGGUGUUACUUGGUUACCAACUAAACCUAAAACUCAAUAUCAAGCUUUAGUUGAUGAAAAAUCACCAUUUGAUGUUGCUGAUAUUUUUUCAGUUCUGACAUUUUCUUGGAUGACUCCAUUAAUGAAAAGAGGUCAUGAACAAUUUUUAACUGAAGAAGAUUUACCAAAAAUUCCAGAUAAUUUUGAAAGUAGAAAUAUUUCAAAUUUCUUUGGUAAAAUCUGGACUGAUUUAUCAAAUAAAUCUUCAAAUCCUUCAUUAGCCUGGGCUUUGAUUAAAGCUUUUGGUCCUCCAAUGCUUAUUGGUAACUUGUAUAAAGUUGUUCAAGAUAUUUUACAAUUUUCACAACCACAAAUGUUGAAAUUUUUGAUUCAAUUUGUUAAUACUUAUAAUUCAGAUUUACCAGAACCAUUAGUUAAAGGUUUCAUGAUUGUCUUGGGUAUGUUUUCAAUUUCUGUUAUUCAAACUGCCUUCCUACAUCAAUAUUUCCUAAAUGCUUUCAAUGUUGGUAUGAAUUUAAAAUCUUCAUUAACUGCUACAAUUUAUGAAAAAUCUUUAGAAUUAUCAAGUGAAGAAAGAGGUAAUAGAGCCACUGGUGAUAUUGUUAAUUUGAUGUCUGUUGAUACUCAAAGAUUACAAGAUUUAACUCAAUUUGGUUCCAUUUUAUGGUCAGGUCCAUUCCAAAUCAUUUUAUGUUUAACUUCUUUAUAUAACUUACUUGGUAAUUCAAUGUGGUGUGGUGUUGUCAUUAUGAUUAUUAUGAUUCCAUUAAAUUCAUUUGUUAUGAGAGCUUUGAAAUCUUUACAAAAAAUUCAAAUGAAGAAUAAAGAUGAAAGAACAAGAGUUAUUAGUGAAAUUUUAAAUAACAUUAAAUCUUUAAAACUUUACGGUUGGGAAGCUCCUUAUAAAGAAAAAUUAAAUGAUGUUAGAAAUAAUAAAGAAUUGAAAAAUUUGAAAAAAAUGGGUAUUUUACAAGCUUUUGCAAAUUUCCAAUUCAAUAUUGCUCCAUUUUUAGUUUCUUGUUCAACUUUUGCCGUUUAUGUUUUAACUCAAGAUAAACCAUUAUCAUCAGAUAUCGUUUUCCCUGCUUUAGCUCUUUUCAACCUUUUAUCAUUCCCAUUGGCUGUUAUUCCAAUGGCUAUUACCGCUUUUGUUGAAGCUUCAGUUGCAGUUGGUAGAUUAAGUUCCUUUUUAAAAUCUGAAGAAUUACAACCAGAUGCUGUUAAUAGACUUCCAAAAGCUACUAAAAAAGGUGAAGUUGCAGUUCAAGUUCUUGAUGCUACAUUUGUUUGGCAACGUAAACCUGAAUACAAAAUUGCCUUAUCAAAUGUUAGUUUCACAGCUAAAAAGGGUGAAAUUUCUUGUAUUGUUGGUAAAGUUGGUUCAGGUAAAUCUGCAUUAGUUCAAAGUAUUCUUGGUGAUUUAUAUAGAGUUCAAGGUUCUGUUAAUUUACAUGGUAGUGUUGCUUAUGUUGCACAAGUUCCUUGGAUCAUGAAUGGUACUGUUAAAGAGAAUAUUGUUUUCGGUCAUAAAUUUGAUCAACAAUUUUAUGAUAAGACAAUUAAAGCUUGUGCUUUAACUUUUGAUUUUGCAGUUUUAACGGAUGGUGAUUCAACUUUAGUUGGUGAAAAGGGUAUUUCUUUAUCUGGUGGUCAAAAGGCAAGAAUCUCAUUAGCUAGAGCUGUUUAUGCCCGUGCUGAUGUUUAUUUAUUAGAUGAUGUCCUUGCUGCUGUUGAUGAACAUGUUGGUAAACAUUUAGUUGAUCAUGUCUUGGGUCCAAAUGGGUUAUUACAUAGUAAAACUAAGAUUUUAGCAACUAAUAAGAUUUCAAUUUUACAAAUUGCUGAUUCUAUUACAUUAUUACAAAAUGGUGCAAUUGUGGAACAAGGUACUUAUAAUGAAAUUAGUAAUAAAUCUGAAAGUGCUUUACGUGCAUUGAUUGAAGAAUUUGGUAACAAGAGAGAACCAUCACCUGAAUUUAAAGAAGAAACUAUUCAAUCUGAAGAUGUUGUAUCAUCUGAAGAUGCAAGUGAUAGUGAUCUGAAUGAUCUGAUUAGUUUAAGAAGAGCAAGUAUCCAAACUUUGAAACCAUUAAGAUUUGAUGAUGAUGCUAAAGAUACAAGAAGAGAACAUCGUGAACAAGGUAAAGUUCAAUGGAGUAUUUAUUCUGAAUAUGCAAAAGCUUGUAAUCCAAGAUAUGUUGUUUUAUUUAUCUGUUUUAUUAUUUUAUCAAUGAUUUUAUCAGUCUUGGGUAAUGUUUGGUUAAAACAUUGGUCAGAAGUUAACUCUAAAUUAGGUUAUAAUCCAAAUGUUAAGAAAUAUUUAGGUAUUUAUUUUGCCUUAGGUUUAAGUUCUGCCUUGUCUACUUUAUUCCAAACAAUGACUUUAUGGAUUUUUUGCUCUAUUGAAGGUUCUAAAGCUUUACAUUCAGCUAUGAUUAAUAGUGUUUUAAGAGCACCAAUGCAAUUUUUCGAAACAACUCCAAUUGGUCGUAUUAUGAAUAGAUUUUCAAAUGAUAUUUAUAAAAUUGAUGAAAUUUUAGCAAGAACUUUUUCACAAUUUUUCGUCAAUAGUAUUAAAGUUUUAUUUACAAUUAUUGUUAUUUGUUAUUCAACAUGGCAAUUUAUUUUCAUUAUUAUUCCAGUCUUGGUUUUAUAUUCUUAUUAUCAACAAUAUUAUUUGAAAACUUCAAGAGAAUUAAGAAGAUUAGAUUCUGUUACAAGAUCACCAAUUUAUGCACAUUUCCAAGAAACUUUAGGUGGUGUUACUACAAUUAGAGGUUUUGGUCAACAAAAUAGAUUCGCCUAUUUGAAUCAAUCAAGAAUUGAUAAUAAUAUGAGUGCUUAUUUCCCAAGUAUUAAUGCAAAUCGUUGGUUAGCUGUUAGAUUAGAAUUUUUAGGUUCCAUUAUUAUUUUAAGUGCUGCAGGUUUAAGUAUUAUUACAUUAAAAUUUGGUGGUAUUAGUGCAGGUUUAGUUGGGUUAAGUGUUUCAUAUUCUUUACAAGUUACACAAACAUUAAAUUGGAUUGUUAGAAUGACUGUUGAAGUUGAAACUAAUAUUGUUUCAGUUGAAAGAGUUAAAGAAUAUAGUGAAUUAGAAAGUGAAGCACCAGAAUAUAUUGAACCAAGACCAGCUGCUCAUUGGCCUUCAAAAGGUGAAAUUAAAUUUAAUGAUUAUUCAACAAGAUAUAGAAAAGAUUUAGGUUUAAUUUUAAAAAAUAUUAAUUUAACUAUAAAACCACAAGAAAAAAUUGGUAUUGUUGGUAGAACAGGUGCAGGUAAAUCUUCAUUAACUUUAGCUAUUUAUAGAAUUAUUGAAGCUGCUGGAGGUGAAAUUGUUAUUGAUGGAUUACCAACAAAUGAAAUUGGCUUACAAGAUUUAAGACAUAAAUUAAGUAUUAUACCACAAGAUUCACAAGUUUUUGAAGGUUCAAUUAGAGAAAAUAUUGAUCCAACAAAUCAAUAUACAGAUGAACAAAUUUGGAAUGCAUUAGAAUUAUCACAUUUAAAAGAACAUGUUAUUAAGAUGAGUGAUUCAAAAGAAGGUUUAGAAGUUAAAGUUCAAGAAGGUGGAUCUAAUUUAUCAGUUGGUCAAAGACAAUUGAUGUGUUUAGCAAGAGCUUUAUUAAUUCCAUCAACAAUUUUAAUCUUGGAUGAAGCAACUGCAGCAGUUGAUGUUGAAACUGAUAAAGUUUUACAAGAAACUAUUAGAAAAGAAUUUAAAAAUAGAACAAUUUUAACUAUUGCACAUAGAUUAAAUACAAUUAUGGAUAGUGAUAGAAUUAUUGUUUUAGAUAAAGGUGAAGUUAAAGAAUUUGAUUCACCAGAAAAUUUAUUAAAAAAUAAAGAUGGUAUAUUUUAUUCAUUAGUUAAUGCUGAUGAAAUAUAA